GCAGACGGCUCGGCGGAGUAGCGGAAGAUUAUAAAAAGGAAGUUGAACCGUUCCGGUUAGUUGAGUAGAGAUCCAGGUGUGCCGACAACAACAUCAUCUAUACACCAACUGAAAUUCCAAAACUUUUAAGAAAAAUCUUAAACAGCCACACAACAUGCGGAUCGCCAUCUUUCACUCCUUGGUCCUUGUCGUGAUUUACUUGGCCUACAGCGACGCUGCCCCACCGCAGAUCCUCAAGUCGCAGUCGCUGAUUCCUUUCCCGCGGGUGGGCCGAUCGCGAUCGUCGUUCAUCGCCAACGCCGUCGGAAGUGCCAGGAGCGGCGGAGCGGGAAAUCCCAUGAUGAUGGGCUCCGGAGGCAACGUCAACGUCAAGAGCCCCAACAACUGGAUGAUGUUGAUGUUUCUCUUCUGCGCACAAAAAAAGAAUAACGCAGACAUCAAACGACACUUGAUCCCGUUCCCGAGGGUCGGCAAACGUCAGAACCUCAUCCCGUUUCCCAGGGUGGGACGGGCCGGAUAUUACCAGCCUGGAUUCUUCCCCAGCACCGACGACGAGGAAAGCCAGGCCAGCAUUCAGCAGCAAUUCGCCCUGUCGUCCGAAGAGUCCCAGGCCUCCGCUCCGUCAUCUUUCCUCCUGUCCGGCAGCGAUAUUUUAGGUGCUUUGAAUAAUGGGCGAUCCAAUAGCGAUGAGAGGACCGCCGUAUUCAUCCCGCGUCGAUGGAUGACCAACAGCCAAGAAUCGGAGGAAUAAUAAAAGAGUUACAUACACAGUCACUUUCUAUUUAUAAACACAUACAGGUCACCUCUGCUGUAUGGGCUUAUAUCUGACUAAAACUCAUUUCCAAAUAUCCUAUACGAUGCAUUCCGCAGCAGCUGAUCUCUAAAUGUUAUAUCCCAAAAAUCAAAGUCGUGUUAAAAAUUCUUUUACUCUCUCAAAAAUAUCUGCUAUAACAUAAAGUUACUAACUUAGUCAAUGGUUGUGUCACCCCUUGGUAAUGGGGGUCGAAAGAAAAGAGAUAUAUUUCCUCCUAUCGCCAUCUCCAAUCAAAAUUUUACGCAGUCUGAAAAAGGGCUACAAAAACAAACAAAAUAACAUAUUUAUUUUGACAAUUGUAUCGUGAACCAAAAAAUUAAACCCCACCCAAAAAAACAAAAACAAAAGAAGAAUUGUCGGAGAACGGUAGAAACAUUUUUUAAUUUUUAAAAUUUGAAUAUACUGUUGUGUGCAAGAAACAGGUGUGUGUCAUUUCAAUGUUAUCUAUGGGGGAAAGGUUAUAUAAUUUCGAUAUUUAUUUGAUCUGCAGUGUCAACACUCAUUGGCUCAGCUCUGCUGUUGUAAGAAAAUAAAAUUUAAAAGCUUAUUGAAAACUCCAAAAAAUGUGUAAUACAAAAGAAUCUAAAUUA